AUGAACCCCCAUCAUUGUCAAAAAUGGAAAAGAAGAAUUAAGCUAAACACAAAGAAGUUCCUUCGGCUUUGUCUGAAUAGAAACCUUAAAAGAGAUACUGCGCAAGGUGAUAAAAUACCUAUUAAGAAUUAUUCUAUCAUCAGGGACAAGUAAAUCGUUCACCCAGAUUUAUAAGAACUUGUGAUGAGAUACUUUGGAUGGAAGAGGCAAGAGGGUUGAACAGUGGUUGGAGGAUCCGGAGGUUUUAGAGAAGUUGACUGGCAAGGAGAAUAAGAGAAAUUAUGUGUGUUUUAGACAGGAGAUGACACCUGAACAGAAGAGAAUGAAUGUGUUGAUAACAGAUUGUGACCAGGGAGAUAGAAGUUAUCAUAAUAAGAUUAGAAGAGAAAAAUCUUUAAGUAAGCAAAGAAGUUCAAAGAAAUCUCCAAUAAAGAACAAAAAUACAAAAUCUGGAUCAAUUAUAAUCAAUCUGAUUGAUGAUAACUCCACAACAAUGAGUAAGAAUAACCUUAGCAACAAUGAGACUCCAUUAGCACUAAAGAUGAUCAAAAACAACUCAUACCAAGCUUUUACCCGGAAUUCAGAAUAUAUAAAGCAUAAAUAGACUCUCAACCCAGAAAAAGCAGCAAAGUUUCAAAAUACCCUCACUGAGUGAGCAAGAGGGACAGGAGUUUAGUGAAAUAAAUUCUAUUCCUCCUUUUAAGCAGAGAAGGCUUACUAUUAAAGAACCAUCACUUGUCAAAUCAAAUAAAUCAGAAAUAAGGCAGAAAAAGCCUAGCCACCUACCAAAUGUUCUUGAAACUCAAAAGAAAUUUUUGAAGAAAGGAUACCAUAAAAUGUUCUCAAAAUGGACUAAGAGAUUUGAAGGUUCUGUAACUGAUUCUUAG